AUGCCGGGGAUCAGACCGAUCACACCCGAUGGGCCGCUGACGCACCUGGACUGGGCCGAUCUUGAUCACGUUCUAGGCAAGUUCGCUUCGUGGGGGCUCGGGAGUCAAGCUCGGCGACGGGCCGACAACUCGAAGGCUGAAGUAGAAUAG